AUGAAAUUCACGAAUAAUGAUGAUGAUGAUUAUGAUGAUAAUGAUGAUUAUAAUGAUAAUGAUUAUGAUGAUUAUAAUGAUAAUGAUUAUGAUGAUUAUGAUUGUAAUGAUUAUGAUGAUAAUGAUUAUGGUGACGAUAAUAGUGAUAAAGAUUAUUCACCUUUUGAUUUCCACAGUUCACCAUUUGCUAUCUACAGUUCACCAUUUGAUUUCCACAGUUCACCAUUCGCUAUCCACAGUUCACCAUUUGAUUUCCACAGUUCACCAUUCGCUAUCCACAGUUCACCAUUUGAUUUCCACAGUUCACAAUUUGCUAUCCACAGUUCACCAUUUGAUUUCCACAGUUCACCAUUCGCUAUCCACAGGUCACCAUUUGACAUCCGUAGUUCAUUUAAUUUCCACAGUUCACCAUUUGACAUCCACAGUUCAUCAUUUGCUAUCCACAGUUCACCAUUUGACAUCCGUAGUUCAUUUAAUUUCCACAGUCCACCAUUUGACAUCCACAGUUCAUCAUUUGUUAUCCACAGUUCACCAUUUGACAUCCGUAGUUCAUUUAAUUUCCACAGUUCACCAUUUGACAUCCACAGUUCAUCAUUUGCUAUCCACAGUUCACCAUUUGACAUCCGUAGUUCAUUUAAUUUCCACAGUUCACCAUUUGACAUCCACAGUUCAUCAUUUGCUAUCCACAGUUCACCAUUUGACAUCCGUAGUUCAUUUAAUUUCCACAGUCCACCAUUUGACAUCCACAGUUCAUCAUUUGUUAUCCACAGUUCACCAUUUGACAUCCGUAGUUCAUUUAAUUUCCACAGUUCACCAUUUGACAUCCACAGUUCAUCAUUUGCUAUCCACAGUUCACCAUUUGACAUCCGUAGUUCAUUUAAUUUCCACAGUUCACCAUUUGACGUCCGCAGUUCAUCAUUUGCUAUCCAAAGUUUACCAUUUGAUAUCCACAGUUCAUAA